AUGAUUGCUUCACUUAUCAUAAUAGUGUUCAUCACAUACGCCAUUGUAUCGUUGUGGCCAUGGUUGUAUUCCAAGUAUAGAAUUUAUUCAGCUCUUCGUAAAAUGCAAGGCCCGAAACCUCACUGGAUUACUGGUAAUGUUAGUGAUUUCGAUGGCAGUUUCUCACAAUCACUGUUGAAAAUAGAUAGGCAAUACUCACGUAAGUAUGCGUUAUAUUAUGGUAUAUGGCAUCCAGUACUUGCCAUCAAUCAUCCAGAUACAAUUAGAAUGGCUCUCAAAAAGCCCUUUUCCAAAGAUACUGACGCUAUGAAGUAUGUUCGAGAUUGGACUGGUGAUGGAAUAUUAACCUCUAAUGGGGCAUUAUGGGCGAGAAAUCGGCGUCUUUUAACACCAGCAUUCCAUUUCGAUGUUCUUCGAUCUUAUGUUAGCAUUUACAACGAAUGCACAGAUAUUCUUAUUGAGAAAUGGAAAAAUAAUUGUGGAAAAUGUAUCGAAAUUUUCGACGAUAUGAGUAGGCUAACAUUCGAUGUCUUGCUUCGCUGUGCAUUUUCAGCCAACUGA